UUUGAAUACUUUGUAGUGUAGAGACCUAACCAUAAAGACGUCUACUUAUAGUAAUGGGGUAGCAGACUGAGAAACUUCCGAUUUAAAGUUUUUCCUUGAGUACUCUGUGGUAAUAUUGGCAACAUGAGCUGAAUUUGCUCUGAUUACUUUUGUAAAGUAAGCAAAAGCAGUCGCCAGCAAUAUCUAUCUUCUAUUUAUGGCCUCCCCCGCACCCCCCUUCCCAGACUGACGUAAGCAGAAAGUUAUUUUCAUGAAUGGAGGGGGCGGUCACGAGGAAUCGGUGACGUGAGUGCUUGCGGAAGCAGAGCGUGGAAUGUUGGUACAUUGUUGUUGUUUUGUAGUUAAUUUAGUACGAGGAUACACCGCUGCCCGGCUGCUGGGUUUUAUACCUACUGUGUCAAGUUACUUCGCCGCCUGUAUCGGAAACCUACUCCGACAGUUUUUACGCAUCACGGUCCACAGAUACCCGCGUCCACAGAGUGUGUCUUCUGUGAGAUUCUGGCCAGUUGUCUGCAUGCAGGGAAUGACGACUCAGUUUAAGACGAGCAAAGCUUUAAAGGUCAAGAAGGAGGUGGGUGAGAAUGCCCCGGUGCUCAGCGACGAUGAGUUGGUGGCCAUGUCCGUGCGGGAGCUCAACCAGCACCUGCGUGGGCUGACCAAGGAUGAUGUUGUGAGGUUGAAGCAGCGACGACGGACCCUGAAGAACCGGGGCUACGCCGCCAGCUGCCGCAUCAAACGUGUCACCCAGAAGGAGGAGCUGGAGAGACAAAAGAUAGAGCUGCAGCUUGAGGUGGACAAGCUGGCCCGCGAGAAUGCCAGCAUGAGGCUGGAGCUGGAUGCCCUGCGAGCCAAGUACGAGGCCCUGCAGUGUUUCGCCCGGACUGUGACCCGUGGGCCCCUCUCGCCAGGCAAGGUGGCCACCACCAGUGUCAUCACCAUCGUCAAGUCCGCCAACCACAACAACUCCAACCCGACCCAGUUCUCGACUCCCUCCUAGUGUUGACAGGACUGGGCUCUCCUCCUCCUGCCUGGUCCUUCCCGGUUCUGACCCCGCCUGACCCCGCUCAUCCUGAACUGAGAGGACGCUCAGUAGUUAGACUGAGGGAUGGAAUGGGGUGGCAAGCUCGAUGUGAUGUUAUGCUGCAUUCACAACUUCGUCUGUCUCCUUCUGUCUCUUUUACACAAUCUACAUUGUCUGUGCACUGUGCAAAACCAACCCUUCCCGACCCCCCCAGCACCGGCAGGGUACUGGGCCUUUGUGACCCGUCCUCCAAGACUGUUAGCAGAGAUUUGCUCUUUACUCCAGUGACGUAAAACGUAUUUUACAUGCCUUAUAGUGGCAGCACUGGCCUGGGACUGCUCUUAUGCUAUUUAGCAUAAAACUUGAGAAAUAUAAGUAGAGACAUAUGUGACAGUAAAGCUAAUCACAUUUCUUUAUGUUGAAGUGUCUCAAUGUAAAUUGAGACUUUGAAGCUGUUGCCUUUUAAAGAUCUUUAAUAUAAAUUAUUGUAGGAUACUGACAUGUAGUUUAACACAAAGAGGAUUACCUGUUCCAGCUUUGACGCCUCUUCACAGAAACCAGUGGUCUCUAACCAGUUGCCUUUACGAGCCAGCCAAACAUAACAACAGAUGUUUUCACUGAUUAGCUGCUCUUCUCUUUUGGAAGGUGCUAAGCUGUAAAAUCACCUGUUGUAGUGUUUUGGUUUGGAGUAAAAACCUGCCUACACAUGGCUCUCUAUGGCCUGUUUGGAGAGCACUGCAUUAUGCAGUUUGAUAACUGACCAAUGUUCAUCCUCUACUCACAAUGCGCUAUUGUUUAUAUUUCUGUCUUAGUUAUGCAAAGUUUUACUCGGUGGUCAUGCCAAAUAGCUUGUUUAGUGUGUUGGAAAAGUAACGCUAGAGAACAGCAGUCAGUACCCUCCAGUAACGGCGUCCAUACAUGUGCUGAUAGUGGUUUAAUUUAGGAGUUUUAAAGUAACAUUUUUCGUUUGUGUUUGAAAAGUGUUAGACUCAAUCAUGAGGCCAGAAUUUGUAUGCAAACCUUUGCUGGACUAUAUCGACUGCCCUUGUAGAAUAUUAUUAUAGACAGCCAUUUUAUGCCCUUUUCUCUCCUAUUAGAAAUUGUACAAAAAUGAAUUUGCAGUCAUUAGAGCUCAUCCAUGGAUGUUUUUGUAGUUUGGUUGAGAAAUUGUUGGAUUUGUCUGUGGGGCUGGCAAGUGUUGUAAGCGAUUUUGUUGAAGACAUCAGAGGGUGUUGGGCAGGUGCUGCAAGUGAUUCUGUUGGUAUCUUUGUGGCCUUUUAAUGAGAGAAAAUAAUUAAAGUUUUUGCUCGAAUAUUUUGAAAAAGCAGGUGAAUACUUGUUUUCCAUGGAUUGGAAAGCUCUUUGACUAAAAAGGUAGAUGUAGAAAAGAAAGAUGUAGGAUUAGGAAAUGAUUAAGGAGCAAUUUGGGGUCAGAUUUGUUUGGAUCUGGAAGAUCUGACAUUUCCCAAUGUCUAUCAUUUUACAGUACUUAAAAGAAAACUGUUAAGCUGCAGUAUAAACGAAAAUUCACAGGGCAACUGAUUCAUAGAAUUAAAGAAGAUGACAAAAAAAACUUUUCUUGCAUUUCUGAAGUUGUUUAGGUUUAAUUGUAUGCUUUUUAAAUGUGGUGUGACCACUUCCUUUAAGGUCAAACAUAAUGUAACUAAGGAUACUCUCUGUUAUGUAUGCCGCAGCACUUACUGGGUGAUGUUUUGCCUCUUUCCUUUAUACGGCACUCUUUGGUAGGUAAUCCAUAUUGGAUAUAGUGACAAUGAGCGCGGUCCUUUCAAGUGAAAUGCAAUUCAACUUACUUCCUGUAUAUUACAGACUGCCAAAAUGAUAAAGCUCCCACUGCCUCCGUUGUCACUUUACAUUGAGAACUCCGUCCAAAUAGAAAUCAUUCCUACUGCUGGGUCACGAGAAGUGCUGCUGCUGGUGUUGGUCACUCUGAGACAGUAGCUUUUAACCUUGCUUUUGACACACUCUUCUGCAAGAGAACUCCUGACGCCCAUCUCUAGAAACAGUGGUGUCAUAACAGCUAAAUGCAGUAAACACCUUCCUCCUGUUGUACAUUUUGAGAUAUUUAAAUCUGAAAUUCACUUGAAAUCAAGUCGUUCUUACCGAGGAUCCAUUCCUAAUUUGGAGUGAAGUCAAUAGAGAUUGUUCAUGUCAGGAUUUUCUCUUGGCUAAGAGGACAUGACUGUUUUUCCCCUGUUCCAUAGCUGCAAAGAACAGUAUGGGGAACUUUGCUGCUGUACAACCUGCUGUGAUUUUUAAGCAGGGGCAAUGCUGUGUUCUUACUAUUUUGUAUUUUCACUUGGUUUCUAUGUUGACACAUCCUGUUUUCUUUCUGAUACUUAGUUUUAUACGCAUAUACAGUAUAUAAAUAUAUAUAUAAAUAUAUAUUACAUAUUUUUCUAUAUUUAUGUCUUAUUAUCCUGGGAGUGGUGUGAUUAUGUAAUCAUUCUGAAAUCAAAUUAUGUCAAUGCUGACCUUCUUCAGUUGUAUUCAGAUUUACAAUGAGAAAACUAUUUUCAUACCUAAACUCUUCUUUGUGAGUAUUUAUGCCCCAUGAUUAAGUCUUCUCAGCACAUUUAUUAUGUUUCAUUUGCAUAUUGGACAGACGGUGGCUAGGGUUACAUACAGGCUGCAGCUAAUUAUUUGUAAUGGUCAAGAAUUUACAUUAUAAAAACAGCAGAAUUUCAAGCUGUAUAGAUUCUUUGUGUUAGUAAAGAGCACAUGUCUAUGACAUUUUACUUUAUAACUUAAAAAUCUGUUAUAACAUUACAACGAUACAAAUUAAAACGUAAUCACAUGAGAGGUUUGAAUUUAAACUAUCUCUGCAAAAUGAAUUUAAAGGCAACAAAAUUCUGCAUAAUUCUGGAUUAUUUAGCUGGAAAUGUGUGUUACACAUUUAUUUUAGUGAAUCAAUAAUUUCAAAUAUUGAAAACAUAAUUCAAUACAGGAGCACAUUGGUCUGAUUUGAUCAGAUUUUGAAAAGCCUAGUUUUGACCCAUUGUUUUACUCUCAGUUGGCACUUUCAAAUCCGUUAUUUUAAUAAAAAUGAGAACAUUUAUUCAGGAAAAAAAUGGUCUAAUUUUAAAAUGUUAACCUGCAUGUAAACCUACUCAGUUGUUCUGGACACAAAGACGAUAUACUUUUCUAUAGAUGCAAAUCAGUUUAGUCAACAGUUUCAAAUGAUGAUAAUGGUAAUACUUUUUGUAAACUUUGAGAAACCUUACCGGAAAUAAUUCCAAAGCUGCUAAAGACUGGCUGCCCAGACUUCUAAUGUUUACAAUCUUUUUUAAGCCUGAAUCAAGAAUGAGUCAGAAGAAUUUAUAUUAGAUGUAUACAUCUGUCAUUUUUCAGCACAUUAUCUAACACGUCAAUACAGCUUGACAAAUUUUCUGUCAAGCAUUAAUGUGAGGUCUUGUGGUUAAGAUUCAAAACAAAAUGCUGUAAAAUGGCACCUUAUUUAAUUUUAGCACAUAUUACUGUAUUUGGAUCUGAGGUGGAUGCUUUCAGGCAGCACACCUUCAAAAUAAAACUCUGGAAAUUAAAAAAAAAAAAAAAAAAGAUGGAAAAAAAUGCAUUUCCAUACCAUGCCAUAUUAAAAGACAAACCUCUCUCCAGGUGAAUUAAGUACUUUGUUGUUAAUUUUACAUCUGCUGUGACCCAGCAGAGGUCCAUUCAUGCUCUCAAAUACAUGUUGCUCUUAGGCUAGCUUUCGGCAAGCAUAACUUACAGUUUCUACAAGAAACUUUUUUUUUAGCUAGAAGAACAGCAGACCUGCAAAAUCAUUUUAUGGACAGAAAUGUAGACAAGUUUAGGGAUGAAAAGAAGUAUACAUUACUUACCAUGGAUGUUUCUUUCUUCCCCCAGGCAAAUGCAGCUUGUAACACUUUACCAAGCAGCUGUAAUUGAACUAUUAAAGAUAUCAGUGGUUAUUUUACAUUUUUACAUGAACCACAACAAUGCAAAUGUUUGUAUGGAAAUGACAUUUCCUGUAUAUGUUGACUAGGUAUUCAAGGUUUUAAUUUAAAUUUGCUUCCUGAAAACAUGUCUUUGAUUAAAUAAGCUGCAAAACAAAAUCUCUGCCAGUCCUACAAGCUACAGUAUUUAACUUUAGACAUGUAGAAAGUCAGUUGAGGUUUUGACUAUAAAUUUUAAAAAAAAAGCCUCAUAAUAAGAAGAAAUGGAGCAUGUAUGUGGAUAAUAGGGUUGAGGGUGAAAUGUGUUAAAUGUUAGUUUAACAGCAGCAGUUUAUAUGUUAAGUUUGUAUGGAUUUCCUUGUUCUAGUCUCAUAGCAACAUGUUUAUGAGUGACGACAGUAACAAGGACAGUAAUAAGGCAGCAUAAACUGAGUAUGUACCCAUCGCAACUUGUUAUUACUCUGCUCAUAUAUAUUUUAUAUUUAUUUCAUUGAAUUGUGUAAUUUUAUUAAAACAAAACACCUAAAUUAUUUUUUAUUUUACUUUCAUUUAUUUACAUGUUUUCUCAAUGAACUACCCUCAUGUACAAAUAAAGUCUGUAUUUGUUUCUGCUCUGAUUUAAAGUAUGGUAAAUUAUUCCUAUAAAUAAGUCUGCUGUGUCUGUUUUUGUACCUUCAAAUAAAGCUUUUUUUCCUCAUUGAG